CCCCGCUACCCCUAGGGGCGGCUCCGGAACACUUCCGGGAGAGGCAACCUUUACAGUAGAUCGAGUUGUGUGAUUCCGGCUGCUGUGAGGCUUUCUUAGCCUCACAGACCACCCGGCUCAUGUAGUGGGCACGGAACAGGGGGCUAGCAGCCCACCUGCGGCCAGGCCCUCACUCUCUAGUCAUGGACCGGGACCUUCUGCGGCAGUCCCUGAAUUGCCACGGGCCGUCAUUGCUCUCCCUACUCCGGAGUGAACAGCAGGACAAUCCGAACUUCCGGAGCCUCCUGGGGUCGGCCGUGGAGCCUGCUCGCGGUCCGCCGGCCCUGCAGCAUUUACAGGGCAGAAAAGAGAAGAGAUUUGACAACGUGGAAAUACAAAAAUUCAUCUCCAAAAAAGCGGAUUUGCUCUUUGCACUUUCCUGGAAAUCAGAUGCACCUGCAACUUCUGAAGUUCAUGAAGACAGUGAAGAGCAUUUUGCAGUCAUGCCACCUUUAGAGCAGUUUAUGGAAAUACCUAGUAUGGAUCGGAGAGAGCUGUUUUUCCGAGAUAUUGAGCGUGGUGAUAUAGUAAUUGGAAGAAUUAGCUCCAUUCGGGAAUUUGGUUUUUUCAUGGUUUUAAUCUGUUUAGGAAGCGGCAUCAUGAGAGAUAUAUCCCACUUAGAAAUCACAGCUCUUUGCCCAUUAAGAGAUGUGCCUUCUCACAGUAACCACGGAGAUCCUUUAUCAUAUUACCAAACUGGCGACAUCAUUCGAGCUGGAAUCAAGGAUAUCGACAGGUACCAUGAAAAGCUUGCAGUAUCUCUGUAUAGCUCAUCUCUUCCACCACACCUGUCUAAUAUUAAACUAGGUGUGAUUACUUCUGAAGAACUUCCUUUGUACUACAGGAGGAGUGUUGAACUAAAUAGUAAUUCUUUGGAGUCCUAUGAAAAUAUCAUGCAGAGUUCUUUGGGAUUUGUUAAUCCAGGAGUAGUUGAAUUCCUCCUAGAAAAGCUAGGAAUAGAUGAAUCUAAUCCACCAUCUUUAAUGAGAGGCCUACAAAGCAAAAAUUUCUCUGAAGAUGAUUUUGCAUCUGCAUUGAGAAAGAAACAGUCUGCAUCUUGGGCUUUAAAAUGUGUAAAGAUUGGAGUUGAUUAUUUUAAGGUUGGGCGUCAUGUGGAUGCUAUGAAUGAAUACAAUAAAGCUCUGGAAAUAGACAAACAAAAUGUGGAAGCUUUGGUAGCUCGUGGAGCAUUGUAUGCAACCAAAGGAAGUCUGAACAAAGCAAUAGAAGAUUUUGAACUUGCAUUAGAAAACUGCUCAACUCACAGGAAUGCAAGAAAAUACCUCUGCCAGACUCUUGUAGAAAGAGGAGGGCAGUUAGAAGAAGAAGAGAAGUUUUUAAAUGCUGAAAGCUACUAUAAGAAAGCUUUGGCUUUGGAUGAGACUUUUAAAGAUGCAGAGGAUGCCUUGCAGAAACUUCAUAAAUAUAUGCAGAAAUCUUUGGAAUUAAGAGAAAAACAAGCUGAAAAGGAAGAAAAGCAGAAAACAAAGAAAAUAGAAACGAGUGCAGAAAAGUUGCGUAAGCUCUUAAAAGAGGAGAAAAGGUUAAAGAAGAAAAGAAGAAAAUCAUCGUCUUCCUCUUCAAGUGUUUCAUCUGAUGAUGAAUCUGUUUCUUCUUCCUCAUCCUCUUCCUCUUCUGAUCACAAAAGGCAUAAGAAACAUAAGAGGACCCGUUCAGAGUCUUCUCACAGUUCCAAAAGGCAUGCAUCUAGGGCAUCCUCAAGUCAGGUAGAUCAGAAUAGGAAAGAUGAGUGCUACCCAGUUCCAGCUAAUACUUCAGCGUCUUUUCUUAAUCAAAAACAAGAAGUGGAAAAACUACUGGAAAAGCAGGAUAAGUUACAGUAUCCAAAGACACAGGUAAAAGACAAAGAUAGAUGCUCUCUCUCUUCAUCUUCAGUUGAAAUACCGGAUGAUUUUGGAGGUAGGUCUGAAGAUCCAAGAGAUUUUUAUAAUAGCUAUAAACCCCAGCCAGGUGGUAGCAAAGUAGAAAAGCCAUAUAAAUCAGAAAGACAUUUUUCCAGUAGAAGAAAUUCCUCAGAUUCCUUCUGUAGGAAUUCAGAGGACAAAAUAUAUGGUUAUAGGAGAUUUGAAAAAGACACAGAGGGAAGAAAAGAGCAUUAUAGAAAGUGGGAGCCAGCUUCCAUGAGGUAUUCCACUUCACCAGCCAGUUCAGACCACUCUUGGAAGUCAGUUGAAAAACACAAGAAAUACACUUAUUCUGGAUCACGUGAUUUGGGUAGACAUGAGCAAAAGUACCGAUUAAAUAUCAAUCAAGGAGAUUAUGAAAGAGAGGACAGUUCUAGGGAAGAUAACAAAACACAAGUUCCAGAUGGAUUAGCUAGUAAAGAGCAAUCAGAGAGCAAAGUUAAAAAAAAUUUACCUCAAAAUUUACUCAACAUAUUUAAUCAGAUAGCUGAAUUUGAGAAAGAAAAAGGAAGUAAGCCAAAAAACUGAUAAUGCCAAGGAAAUCUGUACCAUUUUGCUAAGCAUUGCUCAUAAAUAUUUUAGUGUAUUUUAAUCAUAACAGUCUGAUGCAGAAAUAUCUGCUUCUAAAAUUAUUUGUAGAGAUUACAGAAAGCUUAUCUCAAAUUUGUUUCAGUUGUAGGUCCCUUUGUCACAAGUUAAGUUUUAGUCUUUCCAUGGGUAUGUUUAUGUACAAUGUAUCUCUUAGUGUGACAAUUUAAAUUUCUUUACCUAAAGGUAAUGCUCUGAUCCUUUCUCGGUCUUUUGGCUAAGAUCAAGUGUAAUUCUCUGAAAACAUUGUUGCUUCACUGUAUUAUGGUGUAUGCAAAUUCCUGGGCCCAUCCUAUCUUGCUGUUUGGCUGAAAGUUAAAUUUGCACAUUAAAUGCUUGGAUCAUUUCAUCAAAAAUUACUCUUUUCUGUUACAUUAAAAGCCUUCGGGUUUUGAAAGGGUAUGUUUUAAUGUCUCAAGUACUAUUUUAUAUCAUUUCUUUAAUUAUUUUGGGGGGCAGAGUUUUAAAAUGGUAGAUUAUAUCUAUUAAUUUGCCUCUAAAAAGCCUAAUUUAAUUAAAAUUGGUCUGUGAACAUUCAUUGGCUUUUACCUAACUUACCAAAUGCCUUCCAAUAAGACCAGGAAAGUUGAUUAGGGCCUAUUUUGCUUACUUAUCCAUUAUUUUUUAUUAACUUAUUAACUUACUGUUACCAUUGGCAAUAAGAAAUUUAACCUUAAGCACUGGUAAGGGCCUUAGAGACUGUAUUCUAGACAAGAGCAGAUCAGAACAGAAACUAAUCCUUUUAACAAAAAUAGCAGUGAUAGAGAACCACACUUGUAAAGCUUGUUAUUCCUCUGGGGAAAGAAAUUUAGGAAACUGUCCUAAUAUUGCAAAUGUUCUGCUGAAAAAUCUCUAGGCAUGUUUUUAAAUAGCCCACAGCUGGCCUGCAUUUUUACUUUUCUUCCUUCUUAGCACCUCACCUCCCUUACUGCCUCCUUUCUCAAGAUCUAAAUAGAAGAGUAGGCCAACCAGAACUUGAUCUUACUAAGAAUAAAUUUCAACAGCUUGAGCUAAAGAAGGAAGGACUUGAAUUUUCAGAAUCCCCCCAAAAUUACUGAAAAUAGUAAUUUCUUUGGGAGCUAUUGAUAAGAAGUAUAACUAUUGGGAUUGUGAUGCUUUUUAGAAUCUCCAUAAUUUAAAAUUCUAAAAGUUGUAAAUGGCAGUGGAAUUUUAGUUCCAUCAUUUAUGAUGACACAGGAUGGGUAUAGGUAUAGAUGGGUAUCCAUCUACAAAGGUCCAAGUAAGAAUGAUGAAGAGACCAGUUCCUUAUUCUGUUUUGCUUCUUGCCACCAGUAAAAUAUCGAACCUUCAAUAGUGGUAUAUACUUUUUGUAUCCUUCAAAUUCUUGAGAUGUGAGGCUAAUGGGAAAAAUCUGAAAUUUGUUUUGCAGUGGAACAGGAAAAAGAAACCCUUGUUAAGAACAUAAAUAAUGGCAGUGGGAAUAGGCUAGUUACUCAUGCACUAGUCUUUGAAACAAACUCAGUGUUCUCUGUAUUAAUAGUUCUGUCAUCCCUACACAGUUCGACAUAAUGGGGUUUGUGUUGUGUUUUGAAGUACUGGGGAUCAAUUGAACCCAGGCCCUCUCACAUGCUAGACAAGCAUUCUACCAUUGAGCUACAUCUCCCCACCCCCUUUAUUUUCUUGAGAUAGUCUCACUAUGUAGCCCAAGUUGGCCUCAAACUUGACAAUCCUCCUGCCUCAGCCUCCGAGGUAGCUGGAAUUGCAGGUAUGUGCUACUGGACCUGGCCAUAAUGAGGUUUUCAAAAAGUAGAAACUACCUCCUGCCAUAGCCCCUUGACACUUGAGAAUCCCUAGCACAGCUUACAGUUUUACACAUACUGUUUUACCUCAAUGUUAAGAUAGUGCCUUAUCCUUUAGGUUGCUUGAAUUUAAAAAUUCCUUGUUUCUAGGGUCUCUUUCUUGAGACAUAACAAAUUGAAGCAGAACCUACAAACCAGUGUCUAAGGAUAUGUUUAGGAAAAAGAUACCACAGCAAAAAAAAUUAUUGGGAAUUAAAUUGUCAAAAAUCCAUAGUGACAUCUUCAAUAAUUUUUCUCAGUAUCAGUAUGUCAUAAGUAUGAACAUACUUAGGCAGUCUGUGUCUUGGUUUCCAUAAGUUAGAAGAAGAGUGACUUUUGGGUGUUAGGAUCAGAUUUGGAGACAGAGGGAUUGUUGUUGUCUUUUGCCAUAAUUAGUAUUAUGUUAGAACUUAUUUUAUUGAAGGAUUAAACGUAAACUUGUAUGCUAGCCUAAGAACCUAACCAUUCCACAAAUACUGUGCUAGGCUCUAGAUAGUGAUUCAGUAGAUAGAAGAUCUAGUUGUAGUGUAAUUACCAUGUUUCAAGCCCUGUACAUUUAUAUUAUCCAGUUUCAAUAAACUUGUACAUAAUUGCUACUAUUUUCUGUAUCACAAAAGGAAAAAAGUAUAGAGAAGUAACUGAACAAAGUUAGAAAGCUAGUAAUAAGACAUGCCUCCUGCCUUCAUAGAAUCAUUUAAUGUUUCAAAUCCAGGUAAUUUACAAACUGUUACACAAUUGAAAAUAACUUGGAUAAACAAAGUGACUGUAUAAUACCAUCAGUUUUUAGAUCUUCUAAAUAAAUCUCAUGCAAUGCUUUAGCCAAAAAUUCAGCUUUUUACUCAUCUUAAUCUUUGGAUUUAACUACUGUAUUUUCUAAGCUAUUUCUAAAAUGAAGAAAUCAGGAGAAUCAGAUUCACUAACAUUACUGCUUUUGAGAAGGAUCUGUGAAUAAUGGUUUAAGACAGUCACAGUGGUGCUGAAUUUUUUUUCAAGAUUUGAAGAAUGUGCUUAUUUACAUACAUGAAUUCCAGUACAUUUAUUUGAAAUCCAUUUGUAUAAUACGUCAUUCUAAAAGUUCAAUGUGCUAAGUACAAAGCAUUAACUGAAAAAACUAACUAAAUCUGAUGGUCCAUCUCCAGUGUAAAUCUAUAAAAUUCUAAUGGCAUAGCUAGCUUUCUUUAAAUUGUGGAAGUUUCAAAAAAGUACUUAUGCUUGGUUGGCUUGUUUUAAAAGCAAAAUCUUUAAUGUGUUUCAUUUCUUUCAACGGCAGAGUAGAAUAAUCCUUAGAAAUACAAGGUGCAUUUUUCUACUAAUACACAGCAUUUCUCUUACCAGUUUUCUUUGGGGGUUGCUGAUACUGUCUUUUACUUACAAAUUAUACCAAAAGAAGGAACCGCCUUUAAGAGAUUUUUUUCCCCCCCAAAAAAGUCUGGGAAAUAAACUUCUAUGAAUAAAGAAAGCCUGGGCCGGGGAUUUGGGGAUUUAGCCCAGUGGUUCCAGUGUCUGCCUUGCAAGCACAAGGUCCCGAGUUCGAUCCCCAGUACCAAAAAAAAAAGCCUAAUUUGAAGAUCUUGUAAGAUAAAUGCAAAUUUUCUUACUGUGAUAUACAGUGAAUCUCUAGAAAUUUAUUCCUAAAAGAUUCUGUUAGCUUAGAUGUUUGUAGUGUAUUCUAAUACUACAAACAUUGGAAUUGCAGUGAAAAACACUAUUUGCCCCAUUCUUGCAUAACAUGCAUCCUUAUUAAGAAUCUGCUAUUGUUUUCCCUCUCCAAGAAUAAAAUAGUAGGAAACUAAGAAAGUUCCCUUUAAAAACAACAGCUUUUACAUUUUUCUACUGGAUAAACUUGGGUCAUCUUGUAUUUCUAACACUGCUUCAGUAGGCCUCUAUACCAUUAUAUAUGGAACUCAAAAAUUGUAUCAAACUUACAAUUAGGAGAUUUUUGUUUUUGUGUUUAAAACUUGUUCAAAAAAGUUUCGGAUGUUUAUUUGCCACUCUUGUUGCUUUUCAAAUUACUAGAACUACUGCUAGCUCUGAUUGGCCUAGAAUUACUGCCUACUGGUGAAGAGUCUGGGAAGUUGAGCUCUAAUACUUUAAUCGAAGCCUGAGAAGCAGAAGUAUUUAUGCUACUCCUAGAUGACCUAGGAAAGAAAAAAAAAAAAUCAUAAAUGUAAUGCAAAUUUAUAUUUGAUAUAGACCCCCUCAUUGAAAAAAAAAUCCCAUAAUUCUGAGAGAAAAAUGUACAUAUUAAUAGCGUUAAUAAAUUUUUUAAGUAUGAUAUUAAUAUCAAAAAAUAAUUUUAAAAAAGGAAAUAGGAACAUAAUUUCAAUAAGUAGUUCAUUAUGUUUCUGUGAGAAAAAUAUUUUCAACUCAGCAGUUUCUUAAGAGUUGGAAGCACUAAGUUUGCAGGAGUAAUUAAAAUAAUAUGUAAUUUAAGCUGAAGAGGAAAGUGAGCUGUGUUGGCAGGGAUAAAAUGGUGGGAUUGUUUAGAAAAUAACUAGGCAUACAACUAAAAUAUUUUAAAAAUAUAUUUUAUAAAAGUAUGGAGAAGUUUAGCUAUUUAAUAUUUUUAUGUAGAAACAGUUUUUAAUACUUAAGCACUUUUUUUAGGACCUCCUCUUUUCCUCUAAAAUUUCUCUGUGGACCUAAUGAAAGGUAUUAAGUAGCAGCUUGGAAAUUCUAGAAUCAGGAUCAUUAUUAAUAAGUUUUGUUUUGCCAGUAAUGCAUGAGUGUUGAUUAAGCAUCCCUAAUGACAGAAUUCUGCUAACAUUCACUUGCAGAAGGAAAAAAUAGCUUCCUUUUUAGCAAAAUAUAAAACCCUGACUAUGUAAAAUUUCACAAAUUUGGCUUUAGUCACAAAAAUUAUACUCUCCAUAUCUAUAUAUCUGUGUUGCCAUUUUAUAAUUUUAAAAGAUUUUGUUAACCUUCCACUUACCUUGGUGAUACCAGUGAGGCCUGUGAAGAUGUAGAACUCUGGUGGCUCUCUUUACUACUAGCUAUUGGUAGCUCUAACCCAUUCUGUUAAAAAUAUUUAACAAUAAUCAUUAGACCUACUGCAUUUAGGAAAAAAAUAUUUUUAAUUAGAUUUUACUUUACUAUUAACAUCAUAAAAUUUUUUUUUAAACUGUUUAAGAAAUUAAGGCUGGGGAUGUGUAGCUCAGUGGCAGAGCACUUGGCCUAAAAUUCACAAGGCCCUAAGUUCAAUUCCUAGCACCAGAAAUAAAAAAUAAAGAUGGUAUUACAUUACCUGCUUAAAAUAUGUUUGAAGGAUAAAACGGAUUGCAGCAUUUUCUUUUAUACAAUCAACUAACAUUUCAUCAAUGACCUUUUGAAAUUGCUUCACUUCACGGACUUUAAUGUCUUGUUCUUCUGGUGUUUCAUCUUUUGUUUGUUUCAAAAGACGGAUAUCUUUUGUGAGUUUUGCACACUGGUGGUUAAAAUAAACCAUGAUAUAAACAUUUUUCAAGAAUUUUUAAGGAUAAAGGAUCUGAGUUUACCAUUUAAGACUUAAAAAAUGUAAAUAUGAGUCAGUUUAGAAAGAUAACUAUACCUGUUUAGUCACUCUCUCUAAUUUUGGCUUCUGCUCUUCAGUUUCUCUAUGUACUUGAGAUGCAAAAGCUUGUUUCUCUGAUAGUUUUUCUUUGACAUUAUUUGCUAAAUGUUCUGUAAGUUGUAAAGUGUUUUCCAUGCUCUGCAGAAAAAUUUUAACAUACUGAUUAGAAUAAAAAGCUGACUUAUUAUUUGCCAA